UGCUUGCUAAGCGUCGGGGCUCAUGAUACUACAUGAUGAAUGCCUUGGGGCGUUUUGUAAACGAUUUGACUGGAACUUAUGGGCCACCUUUUGUGCUGCCGAUACAUCCACUCCAUGCCAGUGCAGCAGCUGACUUGCAUUUGCUUGCACCGCGCAGAGUCUAGCACCGCACAGAGUCUUAGCGUUGCUCAGCAGGGCUACAGCAUUGCUUAUUUUAGCGGUUAGGUAUUUUCCCUUGAGUAUUCCAACAACAUGAACGGUGUCCAGCCUUCAGGAUUAAACGAUUCCAGUAUGCCCAGGCGCGAGGUUGGGCAUCUUGCAGUGUGGUCAGUGACGAGCGCUAAGCCGGGAAAUGGAGUCGAAAUGCUACGGGACGGCAAUGCAGAAACUUUCUGGCAAUCAGACGGUCUUCAGCCGCACCUGAUUAACAUACAGUUCCAACGUAAAAUGCCUUUGCUGGAGCUGCACAUGUACGUGGAUUACAAACUUGAUGAGAGCUACACGCCAAGUCGCGUAUCUGUUCGCGCGGGCCACACGUAUCAGGACCUCAAGGAAGUCCGCGUUGUGGAUUUGGAGGAGCCAUCGGGCUGGGUUAUCAUCCCCUUGACAUCGGAAAGCUGGCCGCACGAGCCCCUUAAAGCCUUCCACCUUCAACUCGCUGUCCUCGCCAACCAUCAAAACGGGCGAGACACGCACAUUCGGCAGGUGAAGAUCUGGAGCGCGCGGACCGAUUCGAAUAAAACCUUGCCCUGCAGUGCAACCACAACGCAAAUGUCCAUUUAUUCGACAGUGCGAUGAAGAUGAAAUUGUUGCUGUGGGUCCACAACCCGGGGCGCUUUCGACACCCGGCUGUCCGUGACUCCUAGCUUACGUCGGGUGGAAAUUAGCAGCGAGGUAGCAUUUGUGGGAGUAUGCUGAUCCAAGUCUUGUGCCAUAAGUUUCGCCACACGACGCGUGGGGCACGGGGUGGUUUGAAAAGUGCCGCCGUCUCUCCCUUAGCGCAAUAGGCCAUUGCGAGUCAGGGCUGCUUUUCAUAUAAACACAUACUUGCCGAGCGUCGUUCAGGGCCCGAACAAUGCUGUAAACAAUGCGCUCUCGGCGCGUGCCAUGUGGUUAGGCGUGACUUAGUUAGGCCCUGUUGUGCUCUGUUCCAUUGGACAAUACCAUCACCAGUGAAUUGUGGUGAUAGUUGAACGUCUAGCUAGAGAUCCAUUUUGGUUGUAUGUAUGUACAACGCAUAGCCCUUGGCUGGUCCCAGGCACCAACGCAGUCUAUCCGUUGCCAAGAGGGUAGGGGGCAGGGAGGGCAGUAGAAGGGUGGAGUGGGGUGGUACGGGGUAUGUGGUAUGUUGUUGUUAUCGGACGGUUGUUUCCGCUUGGAAGGAGAUGGUACUGGGGGGGGUAGCAGGUGUUUAUCUUGGGAAAAGAUAAACACUUGUCGUGUGCGGAGAUUUGCUCGAGUUUCCCCACAGAGGCGUUAAUGCUGUGUGGCGGUCCAGCCGGCAGGGGGCGUGCUGUGUGGAGGCCGAGGGGAUCGUGUCCUAUUGCUUGUGUUUGCUGUUGGGUGUCUGAUGUUCGGUUUGUGUUCGCGGUGUCUUCUUCCUUGCCGGGCCUGUCUUGCACCGCCUCUCGUCUCUACUGGUGCGUGCCCCUUUCUUUCUUUGCUUUCGACUUUUGCCUUGGAAUGUCCUGAGGUGUUACGAUUUGCCGCUCUUUUUAAGUCCUCGGUGGUGCUCGCUGUUCGUGCAUGUCUGGGCUCUGCGUUUCGUUCCUCACCUUGGGUGGGUGACGGUGGAUCUUCCUCUUCCUCGGAAGAAAUGUUGGAUGCCCCUAGGGCACACCCCUAGGGCUCCGGAAGCGUGUAUGUUUCAUCCUUUACUAAAUGAGCGAUGUAAGUGAUCGCCUUCUC